AUGGCGACGGGAAGCCAUAUGCAUAACUUGACCACUCUUAUCAAGCGGCUGGAGGCCGCAACCUCCCGGUUAGAGGACAUGGCGAUGUCACUCGAUGACCCCAAUUCCCCCAAGGCUAUCAAUUCCGCAGGUGCCCCUGAAGCUGUGGCUUCCCCGCACCCCCAGCCUGCUCCGUCAGCUGCUCCCGUUGCUCCUCCAAUUCCGCCGCAAAUCCAGGAUUUCGACACGUUGAUCAAUCAGGAUGUUAAGAACUUCGUUGACCUCGGAGAGAAGAUCGGUAGCCUCGUUGCAGAACAGUCCAAAGCUGUUUUGCAAGCUUUCGAGGCCGAGCGGACCUACCUAUAUGUUUCAACCAAAGCCAAGAAGACCGAUUACCAACCCCCCGAACUCCUGACGGGCCUUCACAAUGCCUCCGAUACCAUCAACAUCAUUCGCGAGUCCAACAGACCGUCUCCCUUGUUCAACCAUCUCAGUGCCGUCGCAGAGGGCAUUGUGGCACUUGGCUGGUUCUUCGAGCCCAAACCAGCUGACUUUGUCACGGAAAUCGUGGGAGGCAUUGAGUACUACGGCAACAAGGUUUUGAAGGAGUACAAGGAGAAGGAUCGCACUCAUGUUCAGUACAUACAGUCCUAUUACCAGAUCUUCAAGGCGCUAGCAGCGUACCUCAAGAAGCACUAUCCCAAGGGGCUUACGUGGAACGAAACGAGCACGAUCGAUGCCCAGGAAGCCCUUGAACAAAUCAAGAAUGAAUCGGGAUCGGGCGCCGGCUCUGGAAACACAGCGCCUCCUCCUCCUCCACCUCCCCCUGUGCCAACUCUGAACGUGCCAGGAGGUGGCGUUCCUCCACCACCUCCUCCACCGCCGGGUGUCCCCCCUCCUCCUGCCGCGGCUCCUGCGCCGGAUAUGUCGGCCGUAUUCGAACAGUUGAAUCAGGGAGACACCAUCACCUCUAACCUCCGCAAGGUCGACAAGUCCCAGAUGACCCACAAGAACCCCAGCCUGCGCGCCGGAUCUACUGUUCCGGAGCGCUCCAACUCACAGGACAGCGUCACCCGAUCCAAAUCCCCUGCCCCCAGCAAGAAGCCCAAGCCCGAGAGCAUGCGCGUUCGCAAGCCGCCCCGCAAGGAUUUGGAGGGCAACAAGUGGAUUAUCGAAAACUUCGAUAACCCUGGUGAGAUUGUCGAGAUCCCUGCUCAGCAGAAUCAGUCCAUCCUCAUCUCUCGGUGUAACAAAACUGUGAUCAAGGUGUCUAGCAAAGCCAAUGCCAUCUCCAUCGACAACUGCAAUGGGCUGUCGCUCAUUGUUGACUCCCUCGUGAGCAGCCUUGACGUUAUCAAGUCCCCCAAGUUUGCCUUGCAGAUCGAUGGCGUGGUGCCCACUCUUCUGUUGGAUCAGGUGGACGGUGCUACGGUGUAUCUGGGCAGCCAAAGUCUGGGCACCGAGGUGUUUACUAGCAAGUGCUCGGCCAUUAAUGUCAUGCUGCCUCCUAAGGAGGGAACAGACGACGACACCAAGGAGUGCCCGGUCCCCGAACAGAUCGUGUCCUACGUCAAGGAUGGUGUCCUCGUGAGCGAGAUUGUCCAGCACGCGGGUUGA